AUGCCCACGGUCCGCAUCGCCGGCGUGCCCGUGAGCUUCCCCUUCACGCCCUACGAGUCGCAGCUCGUGUACAUGGAGAAGGUCAUCACGGCCCUCGAGACGAAGCAGAACGCGCUCCUCGAGAGCCCCACGGGCACGGGCAAGAUCAUCUACUCGUCGCGGACGCAUACGCAGCUCAAGCAGGUCGUGAAGGAGCUCAAGCAGACCGCGUACAAGCCCAAGGUCGCGAUCCUUGGAUCGCGCGAGCACCUCUGCGUCCACCCCGAGAUCUCCAAGAUGCGAGGAACGCAGCAGAACCACUCGUGUCGCCAAGCCGCCAAGCAGAUGCGCUGCAUCUUCAAAUCGGGCUACGACCAGUCCAAGAAGGGCGGCAAUCCGCGCAUCAUGGACAUUGAAGAGCUCGUGACCGUCAACCGCGAGCGACAGAUCUGCCCGUUUUACGCAAGCCGCGACAUGCUGUCCAAGGCCAACGUCAUCUUCAUGCCGUACAACUACCUCGUGGACCCGCCCCUCCGCGCCUCCCUCGGCGUCUCCCUCGAGAACGCCAUCUUGAUCUUUGACGAAGCUCACAACGUCGAAUCAAUUGCGAGCGAGGCGGCGUCGUACAGCCUCUCGACCGAAGACAUUCAAGGCUGCAUCAAGGAGGCGCAGGAGUGCCAUCGCAUGAUUGCGACCUCGCGUUACGUGCCGGAAGAAAGCUCGUUCCUAAGCACGCAGUCGGUGACCACCCUCAUGGAGCUGCUCAUGGAGAUUGAGCGAGGGCUUCUCUCGUUUCCCGUCUCCAAGGAUGGCGGCUGCACCAAGCCGGGCGAGUACAUUUUUGACUUUUUCAAGGCGUUCAACAUCUCGUUCGACACGGCGCCGAUGGUUCUUGGCAUCUCGGAGCAAGUGAUCGAGGCUAUCACGGACGGCGGCAAUGCGAGCAACCCGCGCAACUCGAAGCUCGAGAGCCUUGUCUCGUUCCUCAAGACGAUCUUCCGGGACAAGGACAACCACCACAAGAUGACCAAACAAUUCCGCGUGCAUAUCCAAGAAGAGACGCAAACAUCCCGACGGUACCAGUCGGGGCCUCCUGUCAUGAAGACGAUGCGCUGGUUCCACUACUGGUGCUUCCAUCCGGGCGUCGCCAUGCAAGAAAUUUACGAUCAAAAGGUCCACAACAUCAUCCUUACGAGCGGGACGCUUUCGCCACUCGAUACCACCACCAAAGAACUGGGGAUUCCGUUUCCCAUUCAGCUCGAAAACUGUCAUGUCGUUGACGCGUCGCAAGUGUGGCUCGGCGUCGUGGGCGUUGGCGUCACGGGGAAGCGCCUCAACAGCAGCUACCAAUACCGGAGCUCGGUCGAGUACCUCGUCGAGCUCGGCAACACGCUCAUCAACUUUGCUCGGCUCGUGCCGAAUGGCCUUCUCAUCUUCUUCCCGUCGUACACGAUCAUGGACCAAUGCGUUGCGCACUGGCAGCUCAAGCCCGCCAACCAGCAACCGUGCAUUUGGGACCGUCUCUUGCAGCUCAAGACGAUCCAUGUCGAGCCCAAGAACCGGUUCGAGUUUGCUGACGUUGUGACGGCGUACCACGACGAAAUCAAGUCGAAUCCGCAGGGCGCCAUCUUCAUGGCGGUGUGUCGCGGCAAGGUCAGCGAAGGCAUUGACUUUUCCAACGAGAACGGCCGCGCGGUCGUCAUCACCGGCCUUCCGUUUGCACCGAUCAAGGACCCCAAGAUUGUCCUCAAAAAGGAGUUUUUGGACCAAGCGAUUGUGCCCCCCGGCGAGUCGAAACUCACAGGCAACAACUGGUACGUGCAACAAGCUGCGCGCGCCGUCAACCAAGCGAUCGGCCGAGUGAUUCGCCACCGUCACGACUAUGGCGCGAUCAUCCUCCUCGACGAGCGCUUUGGCUACGCGCAGCAGCGCGGUACGCUCUCCAAGUGGCUGCAAUCCUACUGCCACAACUUCAGCAGCUACGGUGCGGCCCAUGAAAUGCAUACACCACCACAAACCUCAACCUUGUACCGAUAG